AUCGCUUCCGGACAACCCCACCGCCGCUGUCGUUCCCACACAACGGACUUUUUCUUCCUUCUCGUUGAACAUCUUUGUUGACGACGCCUAAAAGACAGUACACGCAAUCGUUGGGCUAAUUCGCGUUCCAUCUCAAGAACCCUACUGUUUAGUCAGUGUAGAUUUGUCGCAUUUCUCCACGUUUUCCAACAGCAAUUAUCAGAAUGUCCGCAAAGAUUCCAGAGCACCGUAUGCAGCAGUUCAAGAACCGUGGUGUUCUAAAGUCGGAUGAGCUGAGGCGUCGUCGUGAGGAUGUGGCUGUCGAACUGAGAAAGCAGAAGAGGGAAGAGUCUCUUGCUAAACGUAGGAACCUUGCCGCGCUCAACGGCGCCCAAUCGGAGUCUGAAGAUGAAAGUAUGUCCGUGGAAACAAACGCCCAACUACAGGAGACUGUGGGCCAAGGAGUUCGUGGUGUCUUUUCGGGCAAUGUGGAAGAACAAUUGCAGUCCACCGCUCGCUUCAGGAAGUUACUAUCUAAGGAACGCAACCCACCGAUUGAAGAAGUCAUCGCCUGCGGUGUUAUUCCAAAGUUUGUUGAGUUCCUCCGUUCAACAAACCCUAUGCUGCAGUUCGAAGCUGCCUGGGCAUUGACCAAUAUUGCAUCGGGAUCGUCUCACCAGACGCAAGUAGUAAUGGAUGCAAACGCGGUUCCGAUUUUUGUUGAACUGUUGAGCUCUCCCAACCCUGACGUUAGGGAACAGGCCGUAUGGGCUCUUGGAAAUAUUGCUGGGGACAGCCCACGUUGUCGCGACUUUGUUCUCAGAGAAGGUGCCCUCCGCCCUUUGCUCAACAUCCUGAACGAAAAUACCAACAAGCUGUCAAUGUUGCGCAAUGCUACCUGGACUUUGUCGAACUUCUGCAGAGGCAAAAAUCCUCAACCGGACUGGUCUCAGAUUGCUCCUGCCCUUCCCAUUUUGGCAAAGCUGAUUCAUGCCAAUGACGAGGAAGUCCUCACGGAUGCCUGCUGGGCCAUAUCCUAUCUUUCGGACGGCGCCAAUGAAAAGAUCCAGGCCGUUAUUGAAUCCGGUGUGUGCCGGCGUCUUGUGGAAUUGUUAGGCCAUCCGUCCUACGCCGUUCAAACUCCUGCAUUGCGCUCUGUUGGCAACAUCGUUACUGGAGAUGAUGUCCAGACCCAAGUCGUUAUCAACUGCGGCGCUCUUCAUGCACUCCUUGGACUUCUUACGAGCCCAAAGGAUGGUAUUAGGAAAGAAGCUUGCUGGACAAUCUCUAACAUUACUGCCGGAAAUGCUGCCCAAAUUCAGUCAAUCAUCGAUGCAAACAUCAUCCCUCCUCUGAUUGCCAUUCUGCAGCGGGGUGACUUCAAGACAAAGAAGGAAGCCUGCUGGGCGAUUUCGAACGCUACUUCCGGUGGUUUAUCGAAACCGGAACAGAUCAAGUACCUUGUGCAGCAGGGUUGCAUCAAGCCGCUUUGCGAUCUUUUGACAUGCGGAGACAACAAGAUUAUUCAAGUAGCAUUGGACGGUUUGGAAAAUAUUCUCAAAGUCGGUGAACUGGAAAGAAUGGAGCAUGCCGGCACCAACGAGAUGGCAGUCUAUAUUGAGGAAGCUACUGGUGUCGAGAAAAUUUACCAGUUGCAACUUCACGACAAUGCGGAAAUCUACAAGAAAGCGUACAACAUAAUUGACAAGUAUUUCAGCGACGAAGAUGACGAGACGGGUAUGGCGCCGGAGGUCGACCAAAGCACUGGAACAUUUGCCUUCUCGAACCAGAUGAAUGUGCCACAAGGCGGCUUCAACUUUGGACAGUAAAAAUUGUUCAAGUUUCUCGUUGUCGCUGUUGUUGCAAACACACGUGGGUAUCGGCGUCCAAGGCUGUAUUUUGCGAAUGCGGUUUCCGUGAGAAUUUAAGCUAGGAUGUCCAAACGGUCAACGUUCAUAAAUUGCACGUUGAUGGCGGAAUGCCUUUAGUUUGGCUGGCCCCGUUCUGUUAGUGGUUCUUGCAUUCCUUUCAUCCCUCUUUCCCUUCCCGUAUAGUUAGAAUUUGACGAGUGUUUCCCUGCAGUUUGUAUGUUACCCUCUUCCCCUUUUCCUUUUGUUUAUAUACCAUUUCUCAACGUUUUCCAGGACUGUUUUCCAAUUUCAACCCUUUUAUUUUUGUUUACGUAUCUAUCUAUUGCAAUAUAUCUGCUGCGGUCGGAGUAGACCAUGGGAACCUGACUGCAGUCAUUUGAGCGCCAGACGACUGGGAGUAUGGUUGAAUGUAGAGAAUGGCUCACUGUUGUAGACUGAUCCUAACCAUCCC